AUGAGUUCGAACAUAUCUUCUACAACUCUACAGAGUUGGAGAGAACGUCCUCCUUCUUCCUAUUCCCUCAAAGUUCAAAUCCUCUCCAAACUCCAAAGCUCAAAUCUCUACUCUGAUGGCAAAUACCAGUUUCGUCGUUUCUCCUCUGGUGGAUACAACUGGACAUUGAUUAUAUACCCUAAAGGGAACGAUAAGGACAAUGGGAGUGGGUUUGUUUCAAUGUAUGUUGAAAUAGAUAGCGCAAGCCUCAUGUCCUCACCAUCAUCUGAGGUGUAUGCAGAUCUACGGUUCUUCGUCUUUAACAAAAAAGAAGACAAGUACUUCACUAUUCAAGUUGUGGAAUCAAAGCCGUUCAAUACAUUAAGAACGGUGUGGGGAUUACCGCAAGUGCUUGCGCUUGACACAUUCAAUGACCUUAGAAAUGGAUAUGUCCUCUACGAUGGAGAUCAUUGUGAGUUUGGUGUUGAUGUCAUUGUUGCUCCACCUCCAACCAAAUGGGAAAUCCUCUCUUUUGAUGUGGAACUUCCUCCUCCCAAGUUUUCUUGGACUGUUACGAAUUUCUCUGAGAUAAAAGUGCAUCGUCACACAUCAGACAGUUUUUCAAUGGGAGGAAGGGAAUGGGUUCUAAGCUUGUAUCCUAAGGGCUACGCUACAGAAAAUAGUAAAUGGUUAUCCAUUUUUCUGUAUUUAGCUGAUGGUGAAAUUUUAUCGGAUGAUGAGAAGGUUUACGUGAAGGCAGAUCUGAAAGUCGAAGACCCGCAUAGAUCCAAUCACUUGUCUUACGAGAGUAUGUUGUAA